CUCGUCUGCCAACAUGAGAGUCCCCAGGCACCUUCCCGCCCUGGCUCUGCUCGGGAUAUUUCCUCUACUCUUACCCUCAGGAGGAGCGCAGGAGAACGGGAGCGAGCUGCAGGUCUGGGUGCAUCCCCCAAACCCCCUGAUCCUCUCGGGCGAUUCAGUAGUCCUGAACUGUAGCACCAACUGUCCUACUCAAGCUUCGAUUGGCCUGGAGACCAGGCUGCCCAAGAGCGUGGAGGAUCAAGGGACGAACUGGAAAACUUUCAGGCUGAGAAAUGUGACCAGGGACGACAGUCCCUUUUGCUUUGUCAACUGCCCUACGAAGAACCAGAGCAACACCAGAACCCAUAUCAUGGUGUAUGAGCCACCAAGAAAAAUGAAGCUGGAUCUAGAGCCUUCUCAGGAGCAGUCCUGGAUCCCUGUGGGCCAGAACUUCUCUGUAAGCUGCCAAGUGACAGGUGGGAGACCUCGGGAGAACCUGAAGAUGGUGCUGCGUCGGGGAGAUCAGGAGAUAAGCAGCCAGCUUGUUCCAAAGAAUACUCUUGACACGGCUUUUGUGAAGUUCUACCCCACGGCCAGUAGGGAGGAUAACGAAGCCAACUUCUCCUGCCAUGCUUCUCUGGAUCUUCGGCCAAAGGGGCUGAAACUUUAUCAGAACAGCUCAGUCCCCCGGAAGCUUUACACUUUUGCCUUGGCACCAGAGCCCCCAGUGCUUGUGGCACCCAAGCUCCUAGAGGCUGGGACCAAGGAGCAGGUGAGCUGCGAGAUGGACAAGCUGUUCCCAGUAGAGAAAGCCCACAUACGACUGACCUGGGGAGGGCAGGUCCUGACUCAAGUCGACGUUACCCAACAUGCAGACGUGCUAAGGGCCACGGCCACAAUCAUGGCGGCAGCAGAAGAAGGGGAGGCUGAUAAAGAACUGACCUGCAGUGUGAGCCUGGGUGGUGAAACCAGGACGAAAUCAGAAAACCUGACCGUCUACAUCUUUCCACAGCCCAGCCUUGUGGCCAGUGGGCCCAUCCAGGAGGGGAAUCGUGUCAACCUGACGUGUGAGGCCAGAUCGAGAGCCAGAGUGCAGAUUAAUGGUGCUCCCCCUGAUGAACCAAACAGGAUUUCCCUGAUAGUCGGGGAGAAGGACAAUGGGCGCUUGUUCACCUGCCAAGCCUUCCUGAAAUUGAGGGAAGAGACACUGCAAAAAAAUAGGAGCCUGGAACUAAAUGUUCAAUUCCCCCCAAAGCUGGAUGAGGAAUGCCCAGGAAACUGGAAUUGGCAGGAGGGGACCGAACAGACCCUACGGUGUGCUGCAAGAGGGAAUCCGGCCCCCACCGUGCAGUGUGUCCCAGAAAGUCAACAGAAUGGGAUGCCACUUGGGCUACCCCAUCGAGUCACCCGGGACCACAAUGGCACUUAUCACUGCACUGCUGAGAAUUCUCUAGGAAAAGCAGUCAAAGUCGUGACGGUGAAUGUGGAGUUCCAGGAUGUGAACUGGACACCAAUUGUCAUCAGCAUCCUGGUCUUCCUUUUCGUUGCGAGUGUUCUGAUCUCCUUGGGAUAUCUCUAUUAUCGGCAGCAGCGAAUUAGAAGCUAUGAACUGAGGAAAGCCGAAGAGGAAAGGAACAUGAAGCUGAUCAACUCGGAGGUCAAAGCCUGAGGCUAGAGUUGGCCCCAGCCUUCCCGGAACAAGCACUUUUUGGGGGGAGUCAGAGGGCUAGUUAACCCAGAGGACGAGAAAUUCCAUGUUGAAGAAAGGAGGUUGCGUCCAAAAGCCUAAAGCCAGGGCUGGGAAACUGCUGGACACUCUUCCUGGGUCUCAGAACAACACGUCAGGCCCUGCUUGAUCUCUGGAUCCGAAGAGCUAGUUUGAAGCCCCUUUGGAGACCCACAUUGGGCUGAACUGGAUGUGCCAUGCCUCAGGCAUGGGAACAGGACUCGGGGGAACCCUGGCAUGGGAGUUGUGGGGUGAAGACAAUGUGACUGACUACUGAUCUCCUGAGUCUGAGAACAGGUCCAGGGAUGUAUCCAGUGACACUGAUAUGGGAUCAUAAGAUGGCUCAUGAGGAAGCCCAGAAAAGGAAACACUAGCCAAGGACUGCUUCAGCACUUUGGAGCUGGAAAGGGAGGGGAGAGUUUGGAAUAAGAUAGAGAAGGGUAUCAAGGGUCACCCCUAACUUAUUGUCUUCCCAUGGAAGAUUCCCUACUUCUGCCAACAAAGUUUUGUCUCUGAUUCUAUUUUGGGGGCAACUAAUAGUUUAUCUCAAGUCACUAUACUCCUGGUCCCCAGGCCCUUUCCACCUUAGACAAGGUGGAAACCAAAAGCUGGGGGAGGAUAGGGGAAGGGACUGAUUAUAAAACAAGACCAGCAGACAUACACAGCAUUCAUAUAAGCACAGGCUAUGAAACACACACACACUCUCUAUCUCUCUAUCUCUGUCUCUCUGUCUCUGUCUCUGUCUGCCCCUCUCUC